AUGGCUAUCCACUCGCAUUUCCGCAACGCUUUCCGCAGGGAGCGCGUCUUGCCGCUGCUCCAGGACGGGUUGAUCAUGAUUACCUGGGCCAACCACCACUACCUGGACUUUGCCAAGACUUGGGUAUAUAACCUGAAAAAGUCGGGUGUUAGUGGCUACAUGGUGGGCGCCAUGGAUGACGACAUGCUGAAGGACCUUGUCGAGCUCAAUAUUAACACCUGGCGAAUGAACACAGGCAUCACCAAGCGGGAUCUGGGCUGGGGCAGCCAGAACUUCCACCUCAUGGGCAGGUUUAAGAUCAAGCUCAUUCGGGACGUCCUGGCUCUGGACGUGACGGUCGUGGUCUCGGACAUUGAUACAGCCUGGCUGAAGAACCCCAUCCCCUACUUCCACCGCUACCCCGAGGCCGACAUCCUCACCUCCACCGACCAGCUGUCACCUACGGUCAAGGACGAUUCCCUGGAGCGAUUCCCGGAUGCGGGCAGCGCGUUCAACAUCGGCAUCAUGCUGUUCAGACCCAACAGCAAGGAGUUCGUGGACGAGUGGGUGAAGGCGCUGGACGACCCAAAGAUGUGGGACCAGACCGCUUUCAACGACCUGGCGCGCAAGGUAGGUGCCGCCCUAACCCCGCCCAAGAAUUUGUGGAUGGGCUACAAUGGCAAGUUGCGCGUGGGCGUGCUACCAUGUGCCCUGUUUGCCAGCGGCCACACCUUCUUUGUUCAGCACAAGUACCAGGAGUUGGGACUUGAGCCUUACGUAGCGCACGCCACUUUCCAGUACAGCGGCACACCCGGCAAGCGACAUCGCUUCCGCGAGGAAAUGCUGUUUGCUGACCCGCCCGAGUACUAUGACCAUCCGCGGGGCUUUGUGGCGAUUGACAUGGACAUCCCUAAAGAGCUGCUGGACCGUGCCGCUCAGCCAGUACUGGGCGCCAUGACGGGCGACAAGCUGGGUGACCACUUUGCUCUGGUGCACCACCAGCUCUUCCGGCUGCGGGCGGCGGUGGCGGUGGCGGUCAUCACGGGGCGUGUGGUGGUACUGCCGCCCAUCUGGUGCCAACUGGACAAGUACUGGGCGCCGUUGUAUGAUGGCAACAUCCCCGGCACCCACUGGAAGAAGCCCUUCAUCUGCCCAGCUGAUCACGUCCUUGAUCUGGAGGGCGGGUGGUACCCCCAGCGACCCGAAUUUGGCCCGCACCUGGAGUAUCGCGAGUACUCAUUUUUCAACAACCCGCGGAUGAACAAGGCGGUCAAUGAGAGUCGCGUCACGGUGGUGAUUUGCAAGCCAGGCGAGGCCGACUGCUCCAACGGCGAUGCGCCGGCGCCGGACGGUGUGGUGCGACUGGCUCCUCAGCUGAACAGCGAUCAGAUCAACAAGGCGCUGGAAGCGGUGCGGGGCUUCAAGAUCAUCACCCUGAGCAACGCGGCGGAGGCGUUUAAGGAGUUCAGCAGCAAGGAGAAGCAGGACCAGUUCGUGAACCGCAUGAACCACUACGCUUCCGUGUUCUGCUGCCUGGCCAACAACCCCGGCUGGAUCUGGUACGACUUCUUUGCCGACCGGCCUCAUCAAGACCGGUUCCGUCGGGAGUUUGGUGCGCAGUGGACACCCAAGCACGGCGACACGCGUAUGGAGGUGGAAGGCUACGUGCCGGCCAAGCCGCUGAGCGGCGCGGCCACCAGCCACCGCCGCGGUCUGCUGGACGUCCUCCACCACACUGAUGCGUCUUACCACGCGUCGGCCUCUUUGGAGAGGGAUCAGCAGCCGCACAACAGCAUGGUGAUUGCUGGUGGCGCCGGUGCCUCGUCCGGCGCAUUGACACCUGGGGAGCUAGAACAGCUGCAAGUGGUUGGCCUUCCGCGGCGGCUGCAGAGCGAGAGGGAGCAGCUGCAGGAGGUUCGCUUCCUGAGCGCCAUGGAGCUGAACGCGAUGUUCUCUUCACCGUAAGCCGAGAUCAGCUGGAGCGAUGAGACGUUUCGUUGGUUGCUCGGGCGGUUUCCAGGACGCUUAUGCAAGAGGAAUUUAGGAGCCUUCCGGCGAGCACGCCGUAAACCGCUAUAUAGCCCCACCUACGAGGCCCGACACCAUGCUUAGCAUGAUAGCAUGGCGGCAUGCAGCCUAUGGAGUGUGAGGUUUUGUUGACCAACAAAAUCUCACACUCCAUGGGCUGCAUGGCCAGGAAGGUAGCCUGCAGAUGGCAAAGAGGAGCGGCAGAUCGCCGGGAGUUGCAUGGACAACUCUCGAGGAAACUGUCAAGACGGUGCUGCUGUCGGUCGCUGCUGCUGAUCCUGUUGAUUCAGCUGUGGAAUUCCCUGAUGGAGGGAUUGGGGUGAAAAGAAUAGCCGCGGUAGCGUGGCCCUAGUCUUUUGGUCAUAUUUAGGAAUUCGAGAGAAGCGGAAGCUGCAGUUGCCUUGGAGUCUGCAAGCCCAUGUGUUCCCAUGCGCAGUACAGGACAUGCGGAUGGGAUGUGGAUGGAGCGUCGGUGUUCCUUCUCGACGCUCGGCAAUUGCUUAAUGUAGGGUGUCAUUGAGGCUUGAUAUCGACAUGGCGUAUUUGGGUCCGCUCUGGUGCUGCAUGCUUUUGCUGCUGCUCAGAAGUCUGUGGAUGGGACGGAGACAACCUGCCCUUGUGAACUGAACCCGUCGGGGGUUGGGGGCGCAUGGCGGCAUAUACCGCGGCGAGCGUUUAACUGAGCAAUCAGGUUCGGGAGUUUCAUGACCAACGAUCAGAUGAGGCGGAGUUACCGGGGUGGGUAUGAUGCACUUCACUUUCAGUGCACUAGGACGCGCAUGCACGAUGACGGGAACGUGCUUGGGCGCUUGGGCGCGGAGUUCGACGUGCAUCCUGCUGCAAUUGUGAUAGUGAUCACGUUUGAGACUACUGCGCCGGGUGUGCCAUACUGGGCUGCAAUCAAAGCUGCAGGACAGGCUUACCAGAAACCGUCAGUAGUAGCAGUACACCACCACAAUGACUGCUGUUACCUCAUGACGUUGUUUACAUCCGUUUACAGGGAUAGUUGAUCUUCACAUGGUCGCUACCUUGUGGCUGCGUUCCUGGCCGUAUGUCCUUUGUACCUUUGUGUAUGGCUUUUUCCUGCGCGGCUCUGGUUGAAUGGCAUGCGUUAAAUGAAUGGCCUUUGAUUCCUCGUUUCAUAAAAGAGGAACACUGCAAAUGUGUACAUGAGCUUUAUCGGGUUCCAGCCUUGGGGCUUGGGACCCGCCCAUGUAGUUAAAAGCAUGCG